CACCACGCACCGCCAUGCCGCCCAAGUCUAUACUGAAGAAGACGGCGCCCGCCGCGGAGCGCGAGGGCAAGCCCGUGAACCAGCGGCACCUCGACGUGGCCCUGCACCAUGCCAACAUCCUCGAGCAGCGCAAGGCCGUCGAGGCGCAGGUGCUCGACGCCGUCAUGACACUGAUGGAGUUUCCGACCUCGCCCCAGGCAGACCCCGCGCGGCCCUCGCCCGCCGACGCGCGCGCCUUCGAGGACGCCGUUGCGACGUUCCAGCCUGCCGACUACGACUCGCUGAUCGAGGAGCGCAACAUCGCCGACAAGUGCGGCUAUGCGCUGUGUCCGCGCCCGAAGAUGCGCGCGCGGUCGACGGCGCGCAAGCAGUUCGUCGACACGGACCGCGGCGUGGAGAUUGUCGACCGCAAGGUGCUGGAGGUGUGGUGCUCGGACGACUGCGCCCGCCGCGCGCUGUACGUCAAGGUGCAGCUGAACGAGGAGCCGGCGUGGCUGCGCGCGGGCGGCGACCGGAUUGAACUCAUGGUCGACAACGCGCCAGAGCUGCACACCACGCUGCCCGUGCGGACGAAGCCUCAGGUUGUGCCAGUGGCAGUCAAGGCGGAGGAUGAGGACGACAUGGACGCGGCCUGGGCUGCCCACGACACCGCCGCCGCCGAGCUGGCACUAGAGCGCGGCGAGAAGCCGGGUGCGGUGGGCAAGGCAAACAGCAGCUUGGUUAAAGAUACCAUCACCGAACACGCGCCCAGCGCCACCCCGCCGCAACCGCCCACGCCCGCAGGCCCGACCAUGGCCAUCGAAGGCCACGUCCCGCGCCACAACCGGCCCAAGGACGAGGAGGAGGAGGACGACCCGCAGGACUGGGACAAGCACCUGCCGGGGUGAACAGGUUGCGAGUAGUCGAUUACCUACUGCGCACGAUUAUUCUAUUCCGCACCGUGCCAGACCCCUACAGAAGCAUGGUCUGCACGCAAGACGUCGAGAUCUGGAGUCAUCUAGACAUCUCGACAGCGACGCGGCGACAAGCAGCGUGCGAUUGAAGUGGGGAAGGGGGCGAGAGGACGACACGCAGUUGCGUUGUCUCU